GAGUAUCAUCUAAUUACCCCCCUUCUUUUCCAUAUCCUCACCCAGAUACGCAGAGUCACCUCUCUCACGUACAAUCCUUCCUCUUCUCUGAGAUUCUAGGGUUUCCAUUUCCUUUUGUUUUUUUGCCAAACACAGCCUAAGUCCAAUCAAUAGGAGUUGUUUUGCUGGUUCAAUGGAGUUGGGUGGUGGUAGAAAAAGAGGAAGGCCACAUGGUCCUAUGAAUGGUAAUGCUGGUGGUUUCAAGAAAUCUAAGCAAGCAGAACUGGAGUCAACUCCAACUGGUAUAGGAAGCAAAUCGAAGCCGUGCACAAAGUUUUUCAGUACUACGGGAUGCCCAUUUGGCGAAGGAUGCCACUUCUUGCAUUAUGUGCCUGGAGGCCUUAAAGCUGUGACUCAAAUGCUUGGCAGCAACCCAGCGUUUCCUGCAGCUUCUAGAAAUUCAAUAGCUCCACCAUCUUUCCAUGAUGGAUCAUCUCCUCCAGCUGUUAAGACUCGUCUAUGCACCAAAUACAACACUGCUGAAGGUUGCAAAUUUGGUGACAAAUGUCAUUAUGCACAUGGGGAUUUGGAACUUGGCAGGCCAGCAGCUCCAUUUCAUGAGGAGUCCCAUGGUAUGUUCCAAAUGCAUGGAAGGUAUGUUAGUCGACCAGAGACAAAUCCUGCAGGCCUUGGUGCAGCUGCCAGCUUUGGGUCCUCUGCGACUGCUAAGAUUAGUGUAGAUGCCUCUCUUGCUGGACGUAUUAUUGGAAAAGGCGGCGUCAACUCGAAGCAAAUCUGUCGUGUCACUGGAGCCAAAUUUUCUGUUAGGGAUCAUGAGUCGGAUCCUAACUUGAGGAACAUAGAACUUGAGGGUACAAUUGAUCAGAUUGAACACGCCAGUCGAAUGGUCCGUGAGCUUAUUCAGAGUGUUACAACAGCUGCUGCACCCCUGAUGAAGAACCCCAACUCCUCUGCAACGAGUAACUAUAAAACCAAAAUUUGUGAGAACUUUGCCAAAAGUUCGUGCACUUUUGGAGAAAAGUGCCACUUUGCACAUGGAGCAGAAGAACUGCGUAGGUCAGGUCCGUAAGCGUUGCAGUAUUUACUGUUAGGGAGUAUAUCCUUGUGGCUUUUAUCUCCUUUUCUCUGGGUUUGUGGAAAUAGUAGAUAGGUGGUUUUGCCAUUAGAAUAUCUCGGUACUGAGGCAUUUAUUUGUUGAGAUACUUAAUGUGCUUGAUUUCUCUUCUGGGUUCGUUGCUUAUCUUGUUUGCUGUGCCUUUUCAUAACCUAGUUACUGUUAUUGAUAUGGAUUUGUCUGUUUAGUUGGAACUUUGCCAGUCUGGAACAAUAUGUGAUGUGUGUAUGCUUCUUUCUUUUGCCGUACAUUAACCCAGAGGGGUCAGACUGCUGGAAAAUUGUCUCAGCCACUUGGUCUAGUUUCAAGCUUUUAUUUUACAGAUGAAAUGUUUGUUUUCUA